AUGCUCAAACAACAAGCUGCCCAACUAUCUACUAGUCCCCAUGAAAAUGAAUCACCAUUCACUCUUACAAAAGAAUCCAGCUUAAAAGAUUAUCUAUACAACAACAAACUAUGGGUGGAAAAAAUGAAUGAUCAAAAACCAGGACUUUUCGAAAGUAACGGUAAAGGUCAAGCUCCUCAUACUUUAUGGAUUGGUUGUUCAGAUUCAAGAUAUAAUGAAACAGUUUUAAACAUAGCCCCAGGUGAAGUUUUCACUUUUAAAAACAUUGCCAAUAUGAUUUCCAUUGAUGAUUUAACCACAGUUAGUACUCUAGAAUUUAGUAUAAAUGUUUUAAAAGUUAAAAAAAUCAUAAUAUGUGGACAUACUGAUUGUGGAGGUAUUUGGAAUUCAUUAAGUUAUAAAGAUUUAGGUCCAACUAAUUCAAACUUGAUGAAAUACCUAACACAAAUUGAUGAAUUGAGAGAUUUGAAAAUAGAGGAAUUAAACAAGAUUCCAGAUUUAAAGACAAGAGCUAAAAAAUUGGCUGAAUUCAAUGUCUUAAAACAAUUGGAUAUACUUAAAAGACAAAAACCAGUGAUUAAUGCUGUUGCUAAAGGAGAAUUGGAGAUCUGGGGGUUGAUGUACAAUGUGGAUAGUGGAUAUUUGGAGGUUAUUGAUAACUGA